GCAGUGAGGCGUGUCGGUGGAGUAGAAAGCGAGAGGAGUGUGUGUCCGGUACGUGUAGCAUGAAGGACAGCUCCGUCACCACCGCGCUCAGAUAUGACCCAACGUACUCCGUCACAUUUCGAGGUCACCGGAUAACCAACCACACGGUUUGACCAGCGCGACCGUCGCUUCGUGCCGCCGUUGGCCAGCUCCGUCGUCGCCGUCUCGGUCGGGGACAUGUCCCGUCUGUAGUCCCAGUGUGUCCGUCUGUGCCCGUCCCACUACAGACGGUGUGUGUCUCUGCGUCAGUGGCCGUGAUGCGUUUCAACGAGAAGGAGCUGGUUUCUCUGAGCCGCCAGCCGUCAGAGAUGGCAGCUGAGCUCGGGAUGAGAGGACCCAAGAAAGGAGACGUUGUGAAGAAGAGGCUGGUGAAGCUCGUCGUCAACUUCCUCUUUUACUUCCGGACCGAUGAGGAGGAGCCGAUUGGGGCUCUGCUGCUGGAGCAGUGCCGGGUGGAGAGGGAGGACAGCCAGAGCUUCUCCAUCACAUUCCUGGAUGAAGCGGAGAGGAAGUAUUUGUUUGAGUGUGACUCGGAAGAACAGUGUGGCGAGUGGAUGGACUCCAUUAUCAAAGCCAGCUACGAGUUCAUGAGGAAGAAUCUGAUAUUUUAUCGAACUGAAAUCCACCGGCUCACUGGCAAGGACCCCUUGGAGCAGUAUGGUAUCUCUGAUGAGACACGCUUCCAGGUCAGCAAUGGGCUGCAACUUGCGCCCAGUGCUACCUCUUCCCUGUAGAUCACCGUCCUGCCAUUCCAAAAUUCACUCAUCAUUUGUUUGAAAGCCAUGGCCUCCCCGUUCACACACAAGACUUUUAGAUUUCCACUGCCUUGAAUAUAUAUAGGGAUGCUCAAGACUUAUGUAGAUGUUACAGCAGGGUAUCUGAAGCCAUCCAAAGUGAUAACGGACUACUUCUCUUCUGUCAUUGUCAGUCAUUACAGGUAAUGAGGGGCUUUGGAAGAAUCAACACUGUUAUUUUUGCUUUAAAGGAUUAAAAUGCCAUUUCAUUUUCAGACCUCCGCCUUAGUUAAUCAGUUGUCUGUAAAAAGUGUCUUUUAUACUGUGUUUUCCACUGGACAAGCUAAACAUUCAGACAAUGUCACUUUGAGGGCCUCUGAUUGUUCUUGUUUCAUAGAGAUGGGGCUUGGAAUUUCUUUCAAGGACUAUUAGUAAUAUGACCAUGGCUGAGAAUCAAAGACAUUUAAUGGAAACUGAUGUUAAUCAAUUAAGUGCACACUGUUGAAGUGGCCAAUUAAGAAAAUCUUUGGCAGUAUUUACUGUCUUUAUUUGAACUGCAUGAGCCAUUGGAUCUGCCCAGUUGAGCCACACAUUUUAUUAUGUUAUUCUUGUGGGGAAAGAAUAUGUUUUAGUUUUCCCAGUAUGUAUUUAUUAACCAGCGCAUGUAGAAUAUUUCGUUUUAAAAACUAUACUUUUGCACAUAUUUCUUUACUGGGUUUUGAGGGUUUUAUUUUUUUAUUAGAAUUUCAAUAAUGUACUUGAACCUACUGUAACUUUUCUGUGGCACUUUGAUUCCUUUCGAUAAGCUGUUGGACCAUCUUGGGAAAUGAGGCUCUUGACAUGAUUUUUAAAAUAUUACACUAGCUGAGUGAGUUCUAAUUUAGCUCUCAACCACAUUUCACCAUAGGCCAUUGCUGUAUCAUGCAAAUUGGUGAAAUAUGUACGUCAGCAGUCAGGAGUCUGACCACAAUCAGGAUAUGUCAUUGAAUGUGUCUCCAGUUUUAAAACCUUUUGCACAUGGAAUGUGUUUAUUCUCUUUUUACUUCAUUAGACUGUAUUUGUUUCUUUAUCUCUUUUUUUUAACUAAUAAAGUAAUUUGAAAGCUA